AUGGCGCAUCAAGCUGCCAUGUCUGCCUCGUCUAUAAUAGCACAGAAAGCUGACAGUCCGACCCUCAAGAGAGCAUUUGCUCCGCUUAAUUGUUCCUUCCCUUCGAGCAAGCUUGAAUAUACUUUCGCGCAUUUUACCACCCAACCGUCCACCUUGCCGCAAUCACAGCACUGGCAUAGUCCCGAGUUGGCCCUUCCCUCCACGACUCGACAACCCAGCAUGGUCACGAGCGCGCGAACAUUCACACCCAUGCCCUCAUUCGGUGCUGUCUUCGGAGGUGACCUACGUCACGCCGAGCUCGACCACCCAUCACAGCGAGACAACACGCAUGUUCAUGGCAGCAAUGUAGCACGGCCUGCUUCGAGCGGGAACACGACCAACGGCGGACCUUUUUCCUCCUUCCACAUCCACCACGACAGCCGGGACAGCAAUUCGACAGCCUCCUCAGACAACUCUCCCACCACAACCAUCUCCACCAUGGACGGCUCCUCUGUAACCGACCCGUCGCCAGGCCCUUCGCCCGAGUCACCUCUCGCCAAGACCGCCGCGUCUUCUUCUUUUGCGGCCGACUUCAGGGCCCGGAGAACAGAGAGCCAUUCUGGAGAUCCGUCACCAAGCAACUUCUUUGAGCUACAAAGGCCGACGACGCCUGCGAAGAAGCCGCGAAACUUGAAGAAUCUGGGAAUCAACACGACAACAUCACUCACCAAUCUGCGAUCUCAUGUGCCAGCUCCCGCCGUAGUGCCUAACAAGGAGAAGAACAACUCGGCACCACCAUCACCCUUGUUCAUUAAGCCACCAACGCCGCCUCGGAGACGACCCUCAAAUCUAAGCCUGACGAUCGCGUCUCCUCCUGGCAGCACUGACAACAAGCCCAUACGACUCCUCAUUCCAUCCACACCGGCUUUGAAUCGACCUGGGUUACGUCAUUUUCAAUCAUCGCCUUCAUUGCCAAUAUGUUCACCAAGCGUGGCUCCAACUGGUGGAAUGCAGCUACCUUCUCUACGUACCUUUAGGACGAACACCAGCGGUCUUUCCGAGGUGCCUUUCGAAAUGGAGGAGGAAGAGGACUUAGAGCCGAACUUUGACAUUCCGCAAUCUCGAGAGGAGAAGCCUGCAGCAUACCCGAACGGGCCUAUCUGCAUAUAUGAGGCUGGCGCUGCAACGUUUGAUUUGAUCAUCAAUGUAGCCAGCGAGGUGAAGAACCCAUUCACCAUCCUUUCGCGCGUAGACGGGCCGCCAGCUGAAUCCAAACCUGUAUCCUUUGAAAGAGAGAGCAGUUCGCCAACCACACCGAAAGCCACAUCUGUUCUACCAACAAUGCAGCCAGGUGAGCUUGUCUUGAACGGCAAGAAAUAUCGGACUCCUGAAUAUAUUCACAUGCCGUGGGAACACAACACCGACAUCGUCCCUGAUCUCUACAGACUGGUCAAGAUAAUAGAUGACAGGGUACAGAAGGGGAAGCGCGUGCUUAUUCAUUGCCAAUGCGGUGUCAGUCGGUCUGCCAGUUUGGUCGUCGCCUAUGGGCUGUACAAGGACCCUCAGAAACGAAGCAAGUGGAUUGGGCCAAACAUGAACCUGAUCAUGCAGUUACAAGAGUUCCGUAACGGUCUUCUGAGGGCCAACGACAACCGGUCAUACCACAACCAAUCGUUCGGAAGACGGUCGGUUGGCCUACCUACUAUUAGAUCUCUUGGUGGCACCAGUGGGUAUGCGUCAUUCGAGAGAGAGGCAGCUUCCGGCUCGCGUACUCCUCAGACAGCCCCAUUACCCCCAGAUGGCGACAUCUACUUGCAGCGAGCCAGCACAGGAAACAUGCUGGCAAUAUCGCCGGGUCCAUUGUCAGCGCCCACUGGUGCCUUCGCUUCUGGGUUUCGCCGUUCUUGGGAUUCUAGUCAAACCCAUUUCAAUGCUGCUUCUCUUCCCACAGAGUCGACGCCAAACACCCCAGCUUGUGUUGAACCGGAACAUCAUGGUGACCCUGUGCUAUCAAUGACCAACAAUGAUCGAUCCGCUGCUCAAGUGAGCGCUACUUCUGUUGGCGAAGUUACACAACCUGAUGAUGAGGAUGAGACGCUCAGGCUAUCGUCGGUUCCAAACUUCUCUCGUCAACUUCCGUUCAGGCAGCAAGAGGACCCUGAUGAAGCGAUAGCACAUCACUCGGUUCAAACCUUGUCUGCACCUGUACAGCCGCCAAGCUAUGGCGCAUUGAGAUCACCGGCUGUAUCCAGUUUCAGUCUCGCAUCAUUGGCACCUCGUGGACAACCUGUAGAACCUGAAAUGAUGUCGCCAGUCAAGACAUCGUUCGAUGUCGAUCCGUGGACACGAGACUACAACCAGGAGCCACAACCUCCUAGUAGUAAUGCUGGUGAAUCACAAUGGCCGCCAUCGCCUCGUGCUACGUUCCUCGACUUCAACCACUCAAUACAGCCACAGUCUGCAAGUCUAGAUGCUCGUUCGACCGAUACGUUCGUGCUUGCCUCGCCGACGGUUGCAUCGUUUCCCAAAGACAUCUUCGGGCACACUGAUGAUUUGUCAGACGACGACUUGAGAUCUCCACGAGCUACGGAGUUUCACAUGACUCCAUUGAAGCCAAGAGGAGCAGAUACAGACCCGUUUGGAUUGACAUCCCCCUCACGAUCUGACUUCAUGAGCCAUCCGUUCGAAAGGCCCAGCUUAGCUUCUUCCCAAGAUGCUACCUCUGAAGCUCGACACCCUUCUUUCCAGGCUAUUAUGCCCCCUUCACAUCAAACCUUCAGUGGGUUUGCCUCACUCGAUGGUACGGCACAAACACAGCCUAUGAUUCAUGCUCCCGUCCCGACACUCACCUUUGGGACAAGACAGAGCUUGGUUGGAAGUCCUUAUGCUCAAGCCACAGAUUCUUUCGGUUCGCUCAUGUCUGGUAUGGAGACGCCAGUGAAAGAGUCAGAACGUCCCCAGACACCAAAAGAGGUGUUCUUGGCAACGCCUGCAAAAACUAUCCGAACGAGGUUCUCUUCACCGAACAUGAGCCAGCAACGAGAAUUGCAAAAAUUGCAAACCAACAUCCAGUCCAGACUUCCUCAGCAUGCAGCAGAUGAUAUCGAUGCCUUAAUGUCUCCUCGAGCCGAGGAAUUCACCAAAAACCCUUUCCAUCUCGACGACCUGCACUCGUCUGACGACGAUUCUAGCCCAGCAUCCUCGAACGAGACCAUCAAAGGCGAGCAGACUGAAAACACCCGGAUCUUACCGCAGCAAUGGAUACUGGGGAAAGCCGCUGUGGAUCCUCGAAGUCCCGUGCAGACUGGGAGCAAUCCAAUUGUCCGCAAUAUCUGGGACGUAUUGUGA